AAUGGGCGGCUGCACUUAUGAACUUCUAGCCAAUCAUCGCGCAGGAGGCGAGUUUUGGAGGAAUACGGGUGGGAAUAGAAAAACAUCGCCCCCAGAUACAGAGAUGACGUCAAUUGGGGGCGCUGAUUCUGAAACGGUGGUUCACCAAAGACAAUAAAGUGGAGAAGAAGAAGAGCUCCGCGGUUUUAGAGGGAAAAAGGAGCUGAUCUGCUGAAGAAUAAUCUCCUACUGCAAGUCUCCUGCUCCAAACAACAACUUUCCAACUAGUUUUCAAAUUUCCCUUCAAAAACAAAGCAUGAAACUGCUGAAAUAAGGAAAGACUGCCAGGAAGUUCCAGUACUCAGAAAAUAUGAACACACCUUGCAGACUAACACAAAAGAUUGCAGGCAAAAAAACUCACUACUGCUCAGAGUGUGGAAAGAGUUUUAUUCAACACAGUAGUCUCCAAAGACACCAGCGCAUUCACACAGGAGAGAAACCGUAUCACUGCUCAGAGUGUGGACAGAGUUUUACAGAAAGUGGUAACCUCAAAAGACACCAGCGCAUUCACACAGGAGAGAAACCAUAUCACUGUUCAGAGUGUGGAAAGAGUUUUACUACACAGAGUCAUCUCCAAACACAUCAGUGCAUUCACACAGGAGAGAAACCGUAUCACUGCUCAGAGUGUGGACAGAGUUUUACAGAAAGUGGUAACCUCAAAAAACACCAGCGCAUUCACACAGGAGAGAAACCAUAUCACUGCUCCGAGUGUGGAAAGCAUUUUACUACACAGAGUCAUCUCCAGAUACACCAGCGCAUUCACACAGGAGAGAAACCGUAUCACUGCUCAGAGUGCGGAAAUAGUUUUACUACACACAGUAGUCUCCGAACACACCAGCUCAUUCACACUGGACAGAAACCUUAUCACUGCUCUGACUGUGGGAAGAGUUUUACUACGCAGACUAAUCUCCGAACACACCAGCGCAUUCACACAGGAGAGAAACCGUAUUACUGUUGUGAGUGUGGAAAGAGUUUUAUUCAACAGAGUAAUCUCCGAACACACCAGCUCAUUCACACAGGAGAGAAACCGUAUCACUGCUCAGACUGUGGACUGAGCUUUACUCAACACAGUAGUCUCCAAAGACACCAGCGCAUUCACACAGGAGAGAAACCGUAUCACUGCUCAGAGUGUGGACAGAGUUUUAGACAAAGUGGUUCCCUCAAAAAUCACCAGUGCAUUCAUUCCUGAGAGAACAACAUCACUGCUCAGAGUUUGGGAAGAGCUUCAGUCAUUUAAAUUUUAAGCUUACUACAAGUUUCGUCUUCUGAGAACCAGAACAGCCAAUAUUUCAUUUCCACGACCAGUUCUGCUGUGCUGAGUGAGAUGAAAAGGGCCAUGACUGAAACAUCUGAGAUGUGCAAUGACAACAGACCUAGUUCCCUGGUUCGUUGGGGUUUGGAUUCUAUCAGGAGGUUUGGAACUGUGCAGCUAUUUAGUUAGCAGAGCGUUGGUAACUUUUAGGCAUUAUGCGCCUCAACACUCGCCAUCACACUCGGCGCUUGCUAUGGUCCCUAAAGGCUUCCACUUUUCAAUAAUACAACUCAAUUUAUUGCCAAAUAUCAGCAUGGCAUUGCAUAUCAAGAUGCCAUUGGAGUGGAUGAUGCAGUUAUCUACCUGCUGGACAGAACAUACUCUCAUCUGGACACAUCAGGCAGCACUGUGAGGACCAUGUUCUUCAAUUUCACCAGUGCAUUCAAGACCAUACAGCCUGUGCUGUUAGGGGAGAAGCCACAACUGAUGCAGGUGGAUGAAUCCAUCAUCUCAUGGAUAAUUAACUGUCUCACUGGAUGAUCUCAGUUUAUGUGGCUGCAGGGCUGUGUCUCAGACAAAGCUGUGUGCAGUGUUGGGGCACCACAGUUGGACUGAAUUAGCCCCACUUCCUCUGUUCUCUCUUGUUUUCUGUGCAAGGAAUGUGCCUGGCUGUAACAAAAUCAGCCACUUUUUACAUACCAGUCAUUGGUUUUACCUUUUGUUUCCUCAGCGAAUGUAUUAUGCCUUUGUGUUAAUGUUCUCUUGUUUAUUCAUAUUACAGUUAUGUGCAUCCAGUGUUUUGUAACUGCUUUGUUCUCUAUUGAUGAAUGAAAUGUACCAACUCCCCUUUUCGGGACUGUAUAACCUCAUGUAAUUUUGGCUGCAGUUGGAGAUCUCUGGGUUCUUGCAAGAAGCUUCUCCCCAGCCAUGAUUUUAAAUGAACAUAAUACUGUGAUGAUUCAUCAGAGACUCUGUGACACUGCUGUUGUGUUUAUUAGAGAUGGCCACCACAUUAUACAUUAUAUAUUAUUUCUGUCUUUUUAACAAUUGCUUUAUUAUUAAAUUGAGUGCAUUAUUAACUCUGUCUGUGUAGCAGGAAUUCUAAUAGAAUAAGGUAAUUUCUUGACUUUAUUUGAGAUAUCAAAUUUCUUUCAGAUGGAAAAAAUAUGUCUAUAAUAAUUUGAUUUCUGUUAUUGUGUACUGCCUUAGUGUUAAGUCAAGUAUAUUAUUUAUCAUAAUUAAUAAUAAUAGUGUAUAUAAACGCUAAAGUGUACAUAAUUUUAAUUGAAUGCUCUUCUUUAAUGUGUCUUUGCCUGUAAUAUCUUUAGCUGUGUACAAAAAUAAAGAGCCACUCUUCUCUAUAGAGAGUUCGGGUGUGCUACACUGACCACCUCCAUGAAGCAACCACAAAGAACAGAAAGCCCAAAACCCACAACAGCUUAGAGUCAUUAAGCGAUCUUCUGCCAGUCUUUGUGGGUGCUGUCUUCUUUGCAGCAGUCUGCUGGGGAGGAAGCAUCAGAGGAGGUGAUGCAAAAAGGCUGAAUAAACUGAUCAAGAAGUCUGGUGCUGUCUUGGGAUGCUCACUGGAUGGUUUUGAGGUGGUCUUUGAAAGGAGGUCAGUUAAUAAGCUCGCUGCUAUUCUGAACAACACAUCACACCAUCUUGUACUAACAAGGCGGCGGCGCGUGCACAUGCUGCGGCUUCUCUCGCUCCCGACUAUGCACUCAUCACUUUAACUGCUCCAUAAGCUCAUUCUAAUUGCACUACUGUUUAUAAUUGCACUAUUUAUACCCACAGAUCUUAAUCUGUAUGUGCUGUAUGGCACUUAGGUGUUAAUUUCGAGACCUUCUUAUAUUGAUAUUAUUUUUGUAUUAUUCUAUUUUUUAGAAUGCGUUUAUUUUUACUAUGUGUUUAGUGUUUUUUUUGUGUCUCUUUAAA